GAGCCUGGAGCACAGAAAUUGAUUUGUUUCAGAAGCCAGCAGUUCUGUCUUGUUGCUUUGGAUCACUAUGGCGGCCUCCUCGUCUUUUUCUAAGUUCUCCGAGGAGACAUUUGAUCCUAAAGAUUGGAUCAAUUCAGCAUUGCGAAGCAAGGAUCCUCAACAGGGGCUGGAUGCCCACGCCUCUACGCUUGUAAUGAAGCUGCAGAUGUUUAUACAGGAAGUGAACAAUGCAUUGGAGGAGACUAGUCUUCAAGCUGUCCAGAGUUUGCCACGUGUGUUACACGAUGUAGAAGCCGUUCGUCAGGAAGCUCAGCUUCUUCGUGAACAAAUGCAAAUCGUCAAAGAUGACAUCCGAAAGGUGGAAGAGGAGACGCAUCAGUCCAUGAAGCACCUGCUACAGCUGGACAGCAUCAAGUGUCGCAUGCAAGACGCCAAGGCAGCUCUGGAGCAAGCUGGCAAAUGGGCGAAUCAUGUAUCUGAGAUGGAUUCUGUGUUUAGCAGUCAACCUCCUCACGAGAUUGCAAACAAACUGGCUGCCAUGCGAGCUAGCUUGGAUGUGCUGCGUGAUGUUAGUGACUACCAAGAGCGAGUUGCACUGCUGGAUUCAUACAGCAAUCGUCUGGAGGCACAGCUCAGCACACCACUGCUUGAAGCAUUCAACUCACAUUCUCUCGACUCGGCAAAGGAGUAUGCCGACAUGUUCACUAAAAUUGGCCGUUCUCCACAGCUGGAGAGCUAUUACAUCAGGUGUCACAAGGUGUCCUUGACGCAGUCCUGGACGGCCAUUCAGGAUCGUCUGGGUGUGGAGGUCGACAGCGACAAGAGAAACAUCACACAUUGGCUAGCUCAGUUCUAUGAUGAUCUCUUGUCUGUAUGGCACACUGAGGUUAGGCAUGCUACCAGUCUUACUAGAGAGGUUCCGCACUACGUAAAGUUGAGCAACUUUACGUUAGUGGGCAGGAAAAACCCGUGAAUUCGCGAGUUUGCACUCCACUUACGGAAAGUUGUCUACGGAGAGUAUGUAGAUAGGGCUCUGAUAACGUAGCUGGUCCGUAAGUGGAUGGGGGUACACAUUUAUGACUCUCUCCCCAGGUCGAUCUGGUCGUACACUGCCGCGUUCGGAGUUGCCAAGGGCAGCUACUUGAUUUGAAAACUCCGUAUGGCGGAACCCAGAUGCGCAUGCAGUUUACGUAAGACUUUCCGUAGAUCGACUACGUUUUUUACUAACGUAAAUACGUUAUGCGGAAC